GGUCUCUCGUGCUGUGAGGCAGCAGUGUUAACCACUGAGCCACCAUUCUAUAUGCGAGCUCUAAUAUUACAAGGUUAUAUGCAGUUGAAUGUAAUUAAAUGAAAAUUGUAUACUGGCAUUAUGUCUGACGGAGAUUUCCUUUGUCAUCAGGCAACAUUUACAUUUGAAGCAGGAAGAAGAUGCGAUUCAGGACAGGGGAUUUUUCGAUUCAAAACAAAGGCAGUCAAAGAAAUUUUCCACAUUAUUGAUGCAGCAGUAAAGGAAAAGCAGUCCAAGAAAAAACAGCAACGAUUAAGUUUAACUUCUGUUAGCUCUGAGACUUCCACAGCAUCCAGUCAAAAACUGCCAAGUGCAGCAUUCCCUAGACAGGAAUCUUCCGAUGAAAAGCCAUCAUCAGGUGGAAGAGUGAAACCCUUGAAGGAGACAGAUUCAAAUCAAGAGGUUAGGAAGAGAAAAGAAAAUCGAGAUCGUAAAGGCCGUAAUUCACCUUCUGGGGCUGUACCAAGGGCACCUCCAGGAGCUGAAAGGAACCUUCCUACAACCGAUGAUAGGGAGGGUGUCGGUGAAAUAGUUUAUGCUACUGUCAAAUAUCCUAAAGGAAAGGCAACAAAGGUUAAUGUGGAGGAGCCAACGGUUAAUCCUACAAAGUAUAGAGAUAGUUACAGUGAUGACUCUUCUAUAGACCCAGUGUAUGAGAAUGUUUCGGAUAUAGAAUCACUGCUGUCCUUUGAGGAAGAGCCAUCCUUUCUCAAGGACAUACAAAAGUCACUCUAUGAAAAUUCACAGGGUAGCCUUGAAGAUCAGAACUUGUCUUCCAGUACAUCAGCUUCUGCCCCAGAUUAUGAGAAUGUUGUGAUUGAACGCAGUCAGCAGACUUCUGAAGGGGAACAGGAUGAUUGUCCAGCCAAUGAGAAAGGUGAUCUACACCAGACUCCUCCUGGGACAACACCCAAGGAGCGAGACACUUCCUUAAGCUCCGGAGCCUCUAAAGUCACAAAAGCAAAAUUUCCAGCUGGUAUCCAAGAGGUUCUAACUGAUCUGUACUCCAAAGAAUUGAGUAAGACACGAGAAGGA